UUUCACCACCCCUUUCUGUUCAUUUUAGCCCUGCAACCCCAAAAAAAGCUAAGUUGUAAUCAUAACAAAAGACAACACCUACUCUAUUUUAACUUCUUCUUCACACCACCUCCCUCCUCCUAUACAUAUCUUUCUCUCUCUCUCUAAACUUCCACCACCAAAAACAACCAACAAUGUUCUCUUCUUCUUCUUCUAUUCCUGCAUUUUCUCUGCUUCUUUUUGUUCAAUUUUGCUUGUUUCUUACUAAUGUAAUUGCUACUCACCAUCAACAUCAUUUCACUUCUAAUUUUACUGAUAAAAUUACCAUUUUACCUGGCCAACCCAAAGUUAGCUUCAAACAAUUUGCUGGGUAUGUUACUGUGGAUCAUAAGAAACAUAAAUCUCUCUUUUACUACUUUGUUGAAGCCCAAGUUGAUCCUUCUUCUAAGCCUUUAGUUCUUUGGUUGAAUGGAGGGCCCGGUUGUUCUUCCCUCGGUGUUGGUGCAUUUUCUGAAAAUGGACCCUUCAGACCAAAAGGGAAUAUCCUGGUGAAAAAUGAGCAUAGUUGGAACACAGAAGCUAAUAUGUUGUAUUUAGAGACGCCAGUGGGAGUUGGGUUUUCCUAUUCCAUUGAUACUACAGGCUAUGAUGCAGUUAGUGAUGCUGUUACAGCCAGAGACAAUUUGGUGUUUUUGAGGAGGUGGUUCAACAAGUUUCCACAGUAUAAACACAGGGAUCUUUUCAUUACUGGAGAAAGUUAUGCAGGCCACUAUAUUCCUCAGCUUGCAGAUCUCAUGGUUGCAUUCAACAAAAAGGAGAAGUUGUUUAACUUAAAAGGAAUAGCGCUAGGAAAUCCGGUUUUGGAGUUUGCUAAUGAUUUCAACUCGAGGGCAGAGUACUUUUGGUCUCAUGGACUAAUCUCAGAUUCAACUUACAAAAUUUUCACCUCAGCCUGCAAUUAUUCACGAUACGUAAGUGAGUAUUAUAGAGGUUAUGUUUCACCUAUAUGCUCAAAGGUGAUGAGGCAAGUUGGUAGGGAGACAAGCAAAUUUGUGGACAAGUAUGAUGUUACCCUUGACGUUUGUAUCUCUUCAGUGCUCUCUCAAUCCAAGAUUAUUAGCCCCCAAGAGCAAACUGAAGCUGGUGGUGAGAGCGUAGAUGUUUGUAUCGAGGAUGAGACAGUGAGUUAUUUGAAUCGGCAAGAUGUGCAGAAGGCUCUUCAUGCUCGGCUUGUAAAUGUUCGUCGAUGGGAAGUUUGCAGCAACAUAUUGGACUAUGAGCUCCUUGAUGUGGAGAUACCCACAAUUACGAUUGUGGGUUCACUUGUCAAGAGUGGAGUCCCGGUCUUGGUUUACAGCGGAGACCAAGACUCAGUUAUUCCACUGACUGGAAGCCGCACACUCGUGCAUCGUUUAGCCAUGGAACUAGGGCUCAAUGCUACUACCCCAUACCGAGUUUGGUUUGCUGGAGAGCAGGUUGGUGGAUGGACUGAAGUAUAUGGGAACAUAUUGUCAUUUGCGACCGUAAGAGGAGCAGCACAUGAAGUUCCCUACUCGCAACCGGCGAGAUCACUUGUGCUAUUCAAAUCUUUUCUGGAAAGCAGACCUCUUCCAGAGAUGCUUUAAUCUUAUUUCAAAAUCAUUCAAAUAGCAAAGAAAGAUAGUGAUUUUUCUUCCAACUUUUUUUUGUUAGGGUCAUUUGCAAUUGUAAAGUAGGAGUAGAUAUGCUUGUUUUGUGAUGUGUUAGUUGAAUAGAAAGAAAUUAGCAUGAGAUGAAAAAAAUGAUGGCCUUUUCUGACCCUUGCAAUAAAGGGAACAGGAAAGGGAAUUUUGAGUUUUUAGUUUAAGGAAGUGAGUGCCUGUCUCUGUGUCUGUGUUUGAGAUUGCUCAAAGGCGUGCAUUUAUGUCUUUUAAGCUUUGUACAAAAAAAGGAUCCAAGAGAAAGAAAGAAUAAAAGACUGUUUCCAUGUA